AUCCUGGGGCAGGGCAGGUGGAAUUUUAUCGCGACAUGAAUAUUUUCCAACUUUUCCUGUUUCUUCUUCAUAAUGUAUAAAUCUAAAUCUCAUCUAAUAAAAGUGACAAGUGUAAAUGCGUCGUGUGUUUCCUUUUCCUCUUCGCUCCUGGCUUCUCUUUACCACCCUGAGAUUGGACGCUGUAGUUCCGGUUCCCAGUACCAUUUCUACGUGUGCUAGUUCGGUCAGAUCUUUAUCGACAUCUUUAUCUGCGGGUUUUGGUUUUGAUCCCGCGGCGAGAAAUAUAAAUUGGACGGCGCUGGUGAAGGGAAAUUACAUCGCGUGGAAUACUCAUAAUCGUAUACCCAUUCCUCAAUUUACGCAAGCUCGAAGCGCAAAGAUGUCGACGUCGAGUAAGGAUGUAGAAGAGGUGAUUGAUAGGGCGACGGAGCCGGUAAGUAGGCAAGAGGAGAUAUUGGGAGAGAAUGAGGGGAGGGGAGAGGCAUUGAAGGAAAUUGAAAAGGAAGAGGAAAAAAUAGAAAAGAAAGAAGAGAAGAAAGAAGAAGCGCUCCCGAAAUUAAGCGCUGCGGAUUUCAAAAUCUAUAAUUCCAUGGCGGAACAUAUGAAUUACUUUCACAACCACUUCCGCCAAACCUGGACGCUCCUCAAAACCGCCACGACCACCAACCAACGACCGCGCAAUCUCUCUCUGCGGCAAUUCCUACAAACCGGACUUUCCUUUCUCUCCCAACUCGAGGUUCACCAUGGCAUCGAGGAGCAACACAUCUUUCCGGUUCUGGCGCGCAAGAUGCCGGAAUUUGCGAAUGGGAAGAAUGCGGCGGAGUUGUUGAGACAGCAUCGGGAAAUUCACAAGGGGAUGGAUGUCAUGCAGGAGUAUUUGGAGAAGUGUAGGGAUGGAGAGGUGGAGUUGAGUUUGAGGGUGCUGGGGGAGAAGAUGGAUGGGUUUGGGGAGGUGUUGUGGAAGCAUUUGGAUCAGGAGGUGGAGACUUUGGGGGCGGAGAAUAUGAGGAGGUAUUGGUCGAGGGAGGAGAUGAGGAGGAUGCCGAUGUAGGGGAGGGGUG